AUGCGAUCGCACAGCUGGUUGAGGGCUUCGACCAGCGCGGGCUCCUCCUCCACGGCAGCUCCGCGGGCACCGAGGUCGAGACGCUGGGCGCAGGUUUCGGGGGCCCUCUGGAGGACGAGAGUGACGCAGAAGCGGUUCUGGCUCAUUCGACAGGCCCUGAACGGCCUCCUGCGACGCCGCCGCCUCACAGGCUGGGCGGUCGAGGUCCUGGUGGGCCACUGCACGUUUGCGGGAUUGCUGAGCAGGGGUACGUUGAGCGUAUUCCACACGGUCUACGCCUUCAUGCGGAAGUCAUACGCCGAGCCCAGUGUGCUGUGGCACGAGGCCCGCCAGGAGCUCGAGACGUUCCGAGGCCUCCUUGUCUUCUUGGAGAGCGAUUGGACGCUGCAGUGGAACGAUCUGGCGGCGGCGACCGACAGCAGCUUGGAGGCAGGAGCUGUCGCGACCACCCGAUGGCCUCGUUCGCUGGUGGCCGAAGUGGGCCGCGUGCAGGAGCGCGCCCACUUUCGGGGGCCCGCGGCGGCCGAGACCGACGGCGCGGCGCUGGAGGCGGCGGGCUUCUGGCGCGACGCCGAUGGCGAGUGGCGGCUGGCCGAGGGCGUGAUCGACGACGACGAGCAGGCCGCUGCGUGGGAGGUGCCCGCCGCGGGCCUGGCGAGCAGCCGCUGGCGCACCAAGCAGGUGCAGCGCUGGCGAUUCGAGGAGGGCAUCCUUAUUAAGGAGGCCCGAGCACUGGCGAUGGGCGUUCGACGCGUUGCCCAGUCUGUGUUCGGCGCCGCCUGCCGCCAGCUGAUUCUGUCUGACAACAUGUCAGUUGUACUGUCUUUUAACAGGAGUCGUGCUAAAGAGUUUGCUCUCCUCGUCCAGGUCCGCAGGUUGCAAGCCUACUGUCUCGCAAGGAAUCUGAAGGUGUCUGCGAGGAAUCUGACUGGUCCCUUGAUGCCCGUGUUUGCUCUGAACCUGUGUACUCAAGGACGGCUGCGGGAGACCCCGCCGCCUCCGCCCGGGACUCCAGCGCGGCGGCCGCGCCUGCGGGUGAGGGCUGCGUCGGCCGAGCCUGCCGCGCCGAUCUCCCGACAGUUCGCGGCGCGAGAGUCGGGCAGCAGGGCCCCCCAAGGGCCGCAGCUCUUGCCGAAGCUCACCGCGGCCCGGCGGGCGCAGGACUGGAGGGCCAGGCUGAGCUUGGCCGAGCUGCCGUCAGCGCCCAAACUGCCCAGGCGCGAGCGGGACCUCCAAGCCCUCCCCCAGGACUGGUCGCACCCGAUCGUGGCCAGCAGCGUCGACGGCGGCAGCACCUCCGACGAUCAGCAGGUCGAGCCAGCCAGCGAGAGGCGCGAGGGGGAGCCGCUGAAAGAGGCAGCUCGGGGGCGGGCCUUGACCAUGGCCCCAGGGAUGGGCGAGGCGAUGGCCGGGCACGUGAACCAUCUGUCCUUCGAGGGCCCCGAGAACGCCAAGGGCUGUCAGGAGAGGGCAGGCCUCAUGCACGGGUUCGGGGAGUUCUUGAGGCAGGACAAAGCCAUGACACCUCGGGCGUGGAAGGGCCUCCAGGGACGGCGCAGGCUGGCGCCCCGGCGGGGCCGCCGCGCAAGGCCGUUGGCCCUCAGGUGCGGGCUCGCCUGGCGCAUGGGGGUGCAGAAUGCGCUGCCGAUGGCGGUGCUCCUGCUCGCGAUGGUCUCCGGCUACUUCUGGCCCAGUCGUCGGCUGAAGUUGGCGAGAGGCAACAUCAUCGCUUCUGCGAUGGGAGAGUGCCGUCGGUGGUCGCUGCUGCUGUUGCUGGACAACAGGCCCCAGAGAAGCGAGACGAGGCUCUCGGGCGUGGGGGUGAUGCUGGACAACGGAGUGCUCGCCCGGCUGCCGCGCCUGGUUCCCGCGCAGGAGGGCUCUACCGUGACGGCGGUCGACGACAGGUGGUCGGGUGAGGGCGCGAACGAGAGUUGCGUCUGGCCGACAUGUGCCAAACACCGCGUGCCGUGCGAGACGAAGAUGGUGGGCAGGUGCGUCGGGGUGCCGUGCAUGACCAAGGGCGCGGUGUGCUACGUUGGGCGAUGCUUCUGCCCAGAGGGCUACUGUGGAGAGCCGUACCUGCCACACAUGGGGCGCUGCGUGCCACAGGUGGUCUACGAGGGGGCCACGCCUCCCAGCUUCGAGAUGGGCGAUUGGCUCAGGGUGUUCUCCUCCAUGGGCGAUCCCGACCGCUAUCCACGGCUCUGGGAGCUGAGGGACCGCUGGCACCAGCUGCCCCUGUCGCCCACCUGCAGGCCCGCGGCCGCGCUGCUCGUCGUCGGCCUGGCAGUGGCGCACCUCACCGGGGUCGCCAUGUGCAACAGGUUUCUCGAUUGCGUAUGGUGCUCGCGGAGAAGUCCCGACGGGCCCUUCGUCUUCUGCGCCGUGCAGCGGAGGAAGGACGAGUCCCCUAGCGAGAGAUGGUCUCGAGGCGGGCGUCGGUGCAUCUGGCCUGCUGGGGCAGCGGUCAUGGUGUUUGUGAUCUGCGCCGCGGGAUUGGUGACUCGAAGCUCGAACUGGGAGAAGGGCGUCCACAUAAUUUCGGCGCAAGUGAGGCACUUGAGCGACAACUCCGCAAACCUGCUCAACCGAACGCAGCAGCUCAACGACACUGCUUCCAACUUGAGCACCGUAGUCCAAAAGAUGGCGAAGUGCAAACGAAAUCCGUUGAUGUCGCACGUCGGCAGUAGGUUCGUCGACGCCACGACGGAUCUCGCACACAUGGUACACGUGUUUGACAAGAGCAUUCGCGAUGUCAAGAAUGAAGCGAUACGGUUCCGCGACAGACAACAGGAGCAAGGACAUUAUGUGUGGGUUUGGUGGAUGUGUUUCCCGCUUGUGCUGAUGUGCGUCCUCUCACUGGCUAUGAUGGUCGAGGUUGUCAGCGCCAGGUAUUCGUUUUGUUUGUCCCGGCGUGCAGAGCGAUCAUCUGCUUUUUACGCGUUCUUUUUUGUACCUACCAUCGGCUUGCUUGCCCUAAUAUUUGCAUGCAUGUUAUCCUCCAUCAUUGGGCUUUCCCAGAUUUGCCGCGACGUUGAUGACAAUUUCAUUCGGUACGCCGAAGACCUGUCCAUCUUGCACGGUGACCACGGCACUAUAGCAAACGUAGCACGGUUCUAUUUGCGUGGUGACAUCUUCAACCCGCUCGACCAUUAUGCCGAUCUGAUAGAAAAUUGGCUGGUGGGAUUACAUCGACGCGGUUCACGAAGUAUACAAGGAGUUCAAGACCCUCCACGAUGGCGGAUCAUUCCUCAGGGGUACACGUGUUCCGCUCUUCAUGAGUUGGAUGUUCCGGGGAUUCACGCAGUCGUGAGGGCGGUAAUUGGCACUGCCAGAGGCGUGCUGAACGCUACCAACGUCUAUCCAUAUUACCAGGAAUCCAUUCGAGGCUACGUUUGCAACCAUGUACCAUCCGCCGUGGGCACGUUUCUGGUCUGGCAGGUGCUCGUGGGCCUCUUUUUCUUUCCACUGACCGCUGUGGCUACUCACCAGUAUUUGCACCAUGCCACUGCCCAGAAGGAGAUGUUGAUGAGAGGUGCCAGCGAAGGGGAAGCGUCUGACUCAGACAGCGACGAUGUCGAGAAUUCAGAGACGGUUCCGACCUAUUUUACCAGGGUCACUUGA